UCCGGACCCGCGAUCCGGGGAGGCUUUCGCCUGGGGCGCCCGUCGAGCCGCCGCGUCGCUGUCCCCGCGCCCUGCCGCUGUCGCCCCAAACUUUGGCCAGCGCCUCCCGGGUUCGGUGCCAGGGACAAGCCAGGGAUUUUCAAGAUGAAUUAUACCAAGUCCAGCCCAUUGACAGAAUCGAUUGCAAUAGGUUUUACACCUGAGUUAGAAAGGAUCAUACCUGUGCCUUCCAAUGAGACCACAUGCGAAAACUGGAGAGAGAUACAUCACCUCGUUUUUCAUGUAGCAAAUAUUUUUUUCACGAUUGGGUUGGUUAUUCCAACCACCCUUCACCUUCAUAUGAUACUCCUUAGGGGAAUGUUAUCUAUAGGAUGUACCCUUUAUAUUGUCUGGGCCACUCUCUACCGAUGUGCCUUGGAUAUCAUGAUCUGGAACUCCGUAUUCCUGGGUGUCAACAUUUUGCAUCUGUCAUAUCUUUUGUACAAGAAAAGACCGGUAAAGAUUGAGAAGGAACUCAGUGGCAUCUACCGCCGACUGUUCGAACCACUCCGUGUGCCUCCAGAUCUGUUCAGAAGAUUAACCGGCCAGUUUUGCAUGAUCCAAACCUUAAAAAAGGGCCAGACGUAUGCUGCAGAGGAUAAAACCUCAGUCGAUGACCGUCUGAGUAUCCUUCUGAAGGGGAAAAUGAAGGUUUCCUAUCGAGGACAUUUUCUGCAUAACAUUUACCCCUGUGCCUUUAUAGAUUCUCCUGAAUUUAGAUCAACUCAGAUGCACAAAGGUGAAAAAUUCCAGGUCACCAUCAUUGCAGAUGAUAACUGCAGAUUUUUAUGCUGGUCAAGAGAAAGAUUAACUUAUUUUCUGGAAUCAGAACCAUUUCUAUAUGAAAUAUUUAGGUAUCUUAUAGGAAAAGACAUUACAAAUAAGCUCUACUCAUUGAACGAUCCCACCUUAAAUGAUAAAAAGGCCAAAAAGCUGGAACACCAGCUCAGCCUGUGCACACAGAUCUCCAUGCUGGAAAUGAGGAACAGCAUCGCCAGCUCCAGUGACAGUGACGAUGGCUUACACCAGUUUCUUCGGGGCACUGCCAGCAUGUCCUCUCUCCAUGUGCCGUCCCCACACCAGCGGGGCUCUACCAAGAUGAAGCCCAUCGAAGAAGGGGUAGAAGAUGAUGACGAGGUCUUUGAGCCCGUGUCUCCAAACGCACUGAAAGUCCAUCAGUUACCCUGACCAGAGAGAGAGGACAAGGGACCUGGAUGGAAUCUGUCUUGAAGAGAUCCUGAAAAAUACCAGCCCUUCCUCAUGGCUUCUUGAUUAGUCUGCUGUAGCACUGGUAGUCUGAGGGCUGGGAAGUGAGGAAGGGUCAAAGAUGGGAAGGUUGUUUUAGCUCUCCUUUUUAUUGAUCAGCUUUUUAAGCAAUUGUUUUACUGAGCCUUCUGACUAAACCUAGUUCUAUUUUGAGAUAUAUAUUUUCACAGUGUUUUCUAGAUAUAUUAUUGUUUUUACUUAGCACUCUGUCAAUGCAAAUGCCUUUUCACU